CUCGGUACAAAUAUGACCACCUAUUUGUACGUACCUCUCCAACUACCCAAGUAUCUCCUCGACCAUAUCGUGGAUAGCAAGUCGUGCCCAUGGCUCGGCGCUUGUGUACAUCAAGUGUUGUGAAUGUCUGGCGAAUUUCUUCCGCCCGAGACCACAUCAUGUGGGAAAAAGGCGACGCAGAGAAUACUCUGACGGAUGAUACCUGUUUCUACUGACAAUCACACCAGGCUGAAGCAGGCGCUGUCACCUUGAACGGUACCGUUAUCAAGCAAUCUCGGUUGCUCCUACGUUUGGCGAUGCAGUUCCCGAGCUCUCAUUGCAACGAGGGAAUCCUUUCGUUUGCCGCCAACAUCGAAUGCUUUCCUCUGACUUAUCAGCUGCAUGGCACCACUGUCACCCUGUGAACCCAGCUUCGAAAACUUCAUUCAUACGGCAGAAGAGGACAUGUCCGCUACUCUCAGUAGCGUAUUCAAAAGAAGGGUGUUUGUGUUUGUGCCUGGCGCAGACGGGGAAGAAGAGCAUCUUGCCGUCAGAAUAUGUGGAGGUAGCGUUGGAAGAAGAAACUCCAAUAAGAUGGAUGUUGCACCUGGAAGACCUGCUGUCGUGGUCGAAUGGCCCUCUUGAGUACCGCCGAAAGCUCAAGCGAAGCCAAUGUCACAUUUUGUGAUUCCAAGCAAGAUAUUCAGGACUCCCAAGGCCGUUUUUCACUAGUCAUGCGUUUCAACUGUUUGUUCAAGCCCAGUCCCAGCCCAGGAGAAUCAAUUUGAGUCAG